UUCACCGUCACAAAAGGUAUUUUCUUUAAUCUCUCUUUGUUUUCUUUUUCUUGUUUGCCUUCAGCUUUAUAUUGAAAAAUGAUCAACAUGCAAUAUCUUUCUCUGUAUCUCCGUAAUUUACUUCUCCAGAUUUCUUUCUUUUGUCUCCCUGAGAAAUUAGAAUCCAUCAAUUCCUUCUUCAGUCGUCGACGUCUUAUUUAGUUUUUCUUUGUUUUUUUUUUUUGCUUUCCUCGAGGAAAAGUCACUACGCCAACCCUCUUAUCUAAUAUACAUACAUUAGUAUAUUAUUUUCAGCGCAUAUAUAUUUAUAUUUUACGUAUAUUAUAAUGUAGAAAAGAGCCGUGUUUGAAUAGUGUGUUUUGAUGCUCUUGCUUUACUCCUUUCUCUCCCUUGUUUCAUUCAUUACUUCACAUGAAGAUCUGGAUCUGGUCCAGACAAAUUUCACCGACCCUCUUUCACAUAUGUAGACCCUCCCUUUCUCUCACUAUUCAGUAGGGUUUUGUGUUCUCUUGUCGUCUUCCUGUUUUGUCCGUAACAUUAAUGCAAGUUUAAUCAAAUUCAGUAUUUGAAACACUCCCAGUGACAAACCACUUCAUCACUUACAUUUUCUGCCCAUACUUUUGUCUCUGUCUCUCUCUAAACAAAAAAAAAAUCCAAAAACCAAACAGCAGUUUCUUGUUAUCGAUGUCUGGCUAUAUGCACCCUCUUCUAGGGCAAGAACUGCAUCUACAGAGACCUGAAGAUUCCAGAACCCCACCUGACCAUAAUAACAUGGAACUCAACAGAUCUGGAGCAGAUGAAGCAAAGGGAGAAACCACUCCCACCGGUGGAGGAGCAGCCAGCUCAGCAACCGCCUCUGGCUCUUCCUCGGGACGCCGUCCACGUGGCCGUCCUGCUGGUUCCAAAAACAAACCCAAACCUCCCACUAUUAUCACCAGAGAUAGUCCUAACGUCCUUAGAUCCCACGUUCUUGAAGUUACCUCCGGCUCGGACAUAUCCGAAGCUGUUUCUACAUACGCCACUCGUCGUGGCUGCGGAGUUUGCGUUUUAAGCGCUACCGGUGCGGUCACUAACGUCACCAUACGGCAACCGGCGGCUCCUACGGGUGGCGGUGUAAUCACACUGCAUGGUCGGUUUGAGAUUUUGUCUUUGACAGGGACUGCGCUUCCACCGCCUGCGCCGCCGGGAGCGGGAGGUUUGACAGUGUAUCUAGCCGGAGGUCAAGGACAGGUUGUAGGAGGGAAUGUGGCUGGUUCUUUGAUAGCUUCGGGCCCAGUAGUCUUGAUGGCUGCGUCCUUUGCAAACGCAGUUUAUGAUAGGUUACCGAUGGAAGAGGAAGAAACUCCACCGCCAAGAACCACUGGAGUACAGCAGCCGCAGUCGGCGGCGUCUCAGUCGUCGGAGGUUACGAGGAGUGAGGCCCAAAUGGGUGAGUCGAACAUGGGAGGUAGAAACGGAGGAGUUGCUUUCUAUAAUCUUGGAAUGAAUAUGAACAAUUUUCAAUUCUCCGGCGGAGAUAUUUUUGGUCUAAAUGGUGGAGGUGGUGGAGGCGGCGGAGGAGAUGGUGGCGGUGUUACUAGACCUGCGUUUUAGCGUUUUAGCUAGUGACACUUUCUGUUGCGUUUGAGUUUAAUCUCAAAGUACUAGCUAUGGCAGUUGCGAAUACUAGCUAGGGUUUGUUUUUUUUUUUUCCC